CAGCUCUGUAUAUGGAAAUCAGGAAGUGAAGAAAUAGAUCAGCCCUGGAGUCCACUCCUCAAAAGACACAGAGGCACAAAGAGCAAACACAUGGCGUUACGUAUUUCAAGGAUUUUUACCGUGCUACUCCUGUGUGGCAUGAUCUUCGCUGCAGAGCACACGGCUGAAGCCACCUCCGUUCGAGAGAGAUGUGAGUGUGUGCAGACCGUCGACUCUGUGCACUGGAGACGGAUCGCGGACUUCACCGUCACCCGCGAGGGCCCUCUCUGCAAAUACACUCAGAUCGUCCUCACUCUGAAGGAUAAGAAAGAAACCUGCCUAAAUCCAGACGCGAAGCAAGGGAAGAGGCUGCAGACCUGCUGGAGGAGAAUCCGCGAAAACCCGGCGGGAAAGAGAAGGUGCUUGCGCCUGAAACGCCGCGGAGCCAAGAGGAGAUCGCGGACGUUCGGACCUGCGGGGAACGCACAUCGCCUGCACACAUAGCAGCGUGUUACCCCACUACCCCCCCUCCCCCACC